UAUCCUCUUCUUCAUCCAACCAUGUUGUUUUCUCUUCUUCACUCUCACUUCACUUCAGUUGAGUCACUCGACUCUUCUGUCUACGUCUUUAACACUUUUCAAUUUCGUUCAACGAUCUCAGUGCAUAGAGCCCCCUCUACUUCCGCACAACAACCCUUCUGAGUAAAAAUGGAAAUCAGUAGCGGCCAUAGCAGCAGUAAUAUGAUGUGGUUUUUCAAAGAUAGAGGUUUUGAUGAUAACAUCAUACAAGUAAUGUUCAAAAAGUGCAAGCGUCUUGAGAGGGCUCAUCAUGACAGAGCAAAUGAGAAUUGGGAGUAUUUGAAAACCAUUGGCAUUCAAGAAAGGAAACUUCCUUCAAUUGUAUCCAAAUGCCCCAAAAUUCUUGUGCUUGGUCUUAAUGAGAAGAUUGUUCCCAUGGUUGAGUGUCUCAAAACACUUGCAACAAAACCUCAAGAAGUUGCCUCUGCCAUAUCCAAGUUCCCUCACAUACUUGCUUGUAGCGUUGAAGAAAAGCUUUGUCCCCUUUUGGCUUUCUUUCAAGCGUUGGGUGUCCCCGAAAAGCAAGUUGGGAAAAUUCUACUGCUAAACCCUAGGCUUAUCAGUUACAGCAUUGAAACAAAGAUGGCGGAAAUUGUGAAAUUCCUUGCAGGCAUUGGUCUCGAAAAAGAUGGAAUAAUUGGUAAAAUCAUCGUCAAGGACCCGUUUAUUAUGGGUUAUAGUGUUGAUAAAAGGUUACGCCCUACUUCGGAGUUUCUCAAGUCAAUAGGUCUGACUGAACAGGAUCUUCAAGUGUUGGCCUUGAACUUCCCAUCAAUUUUGAGUAGAGAUGUGAACAAGGUUUUGGUACCUAAUUAUGAUUAUUUAAAGAACUGUGGAUUUCAAGGCCGACAGAUAGUUGAUUUGGUGGUUGGUUUUCCUCCUGUCCUGAUCAAGAGCAUUCGGAAUUCUCUAGAACCGAGGAUCAAGUUUUUGGUAGAUGUAAUGGGGAGACAAGUUGAUGAAAUCAUUGAUUACCCCUGCUUCUUUCGUCAUGGGCUGAAGAGAAGACUAGUGUUGCGGCACAAAUUCCUUAAGCAGAGGAAUUUAGAUUGUAGCUUGAGUGAAAUGCUGGACUGUAAUGAGAAGAAGUUCCACUUGAAGUUUGGCUUGUUAGAAGGACAUGCCUUGAGUAACUAGGUCUCGUCCAUAUUUUAGUUUGUUUAUGAUUUUCAUAAUUAAUUUAUUAGUUGACUCAGUUUUUCUUUCCUCUGAUGUGGAGACCUUCCUUAUUGAAAUUGUUGUGAUUCUGUAUGUGUCUGAUCUUUUUGUUGAAACUAAGAUGAUAGAUUAUCCUUUGGAUCUAGGAUUUAGGCGUGUCUGCAUGGCAUGGAUACCAAAGGGUUCCUCUGCCUUCAUUCGACGCUGGUAAUAAGGUCCGGUAACUCUCGUUGUCCCACCUUCAUUGUUUCACAGCCUGAGUAGUUUUGUGAAUGAUCAAAGCACAAAUUGGAUAAAUUCCAAUAACAUCAAAUUGAGCAUCA